GUGCCGCUGUUCACUCACCGACUCCUACAAUGGCCAGAACCAAGCAGACCGCCCGGAAGUCCACCGGCGGGAAAGCUCCCAGGAAGCAGCUGGCGACCAAAGCCGCCCGUAAGAGCGCCCCGGCCACCGGCGGAGUGAAGAAGCCUCACCGUUACAGGCCCGGUACCGUGGCUCUGAGAGAGAUCCGCCGGUACCAGAAGUCCACCGAGCUGCUGAUCCGCAAGCUGCCCUUCCAGCGCCUGGUCCGGGAGAUCGCUCAGGACUUCAAGACCGACCUGCGCUUCCAGAGCUCCGCCGUCAUGGCUCUGCAGGAGGCCAGCGAGGCUUACCUGGUCGGCCUGUUCGAGGACACCAACCUGUGCGCCAUCCACGCCAAGAGGGUCACCAUCAUGCCCAAAGACAUCCAGCUGGCCCGCCGCAUCCGCGGGGAGAGGGCUUAGAGCCUGAGCCCGACCCGGGACCAGCUCCCCCACACAACGGCUCUUUUAAGAGCCACAAACACAGUCUGAGAGACAAUACCCUGUCUGUCUGUCUGUCUGUCUGUCUGUCUGUCUGUCUGUCUGUCUGUCUGUCUGUCUGUCUGUCUGUCUGUCUGUCUGUCUGUCUGUCUGUCUGUCUGUCUGUCUGUCUGUCU